CCUCACCGUAUAUUCUACAACCGCGAAGACCACAUCUCAUCACCGCUUUUCCCCCUCCUUAAACUCUUUCUUCACAGGUCUCCUUCCUCUUUUGCACCUUACCUACCUACCUACCUACCUACCUACCUACCUACCUUACCUCAUCCUUACCCCAAGACUAGACCCUCACAAUGAUGUCCUCUGUCCUAGCCGAACUCCAAAAACUCGUCACCCCAACGCCGCCCCACCAACCCCAACCCAAGAACAAAGCCCAUCAUCAAUCCAACCCCAUCAAAACCACCUACGAGUCUCUCCCCAUCGACCUACCUCCCGACUUUCUCGCCACCGAACCAGGCAUCACCCCCGUCCCAACUCUCACGGAAAUCGACUGGGCCACGACAGACUUACCUGAAAACAAGGGACUCUACGCCGUGAUACUAGACGAGGUACUCACAAAAAGCGAGUGUGACGAACUGCGCAAGUUGGCGGAGGGGAGUGUCCCUCUUUCUCAAUGGGUGGACGUUGAUGGUCAAGAACAAGACGGGGCGACAACAAAAAAGACAACACCAUGGGCCCCCGCCCUGGUGAAUGUCGGACUCGGCUACGAAGUACUCACGCCCUCGUACCGUAACUCGUCACGGAUCAUUUGGGACCAGCAAGAGGUUGUGGACAGGCUGUGGAAGCGGUGUUGCUUGGUUCCUGGGUUGAUGGAGAGACUGGCGGUGUUGGAUGCGGGGAGGGAGAGGGAUGUGAAGAUUAUUACGGGGCGGUCGUUGCCUUCCCAGCCUGCUGCUGCGGUUGGGGAUGAGGGGGAUGGGCAGGAUGGGAAACAAGAGGAGAAAAAGGAGGUGGUGGAGAGGUAUGCUAAUGGGAAGAAAAAGGGGAAGAGUAAGCGGACCAAGACAAAGGGCCUAAGGGAUGGGAGGACGGGCAAGUGGGAAUUUGUUAAGGUCAACAAGCGGAUGAGGUUUUUGAGAUAUGGGGAGGGACAGUUCUUUCGAGCCCACUGCGACUCGCCUUACCGUGAACUGGACCCCAUCAACUCCGAUCGUAUCAACGAGACGUUAUUCACCAUUCAUCUGUACUUGAACGACUGCAAGUCAGAGGCUCCGCCCGCUAAAAAGGACGAGACGGAAUUGGUCGGUGGUGCCACGGCAUUGUUGUCUGGGGACGAAAAGAGGAAGUAUGAUGUUGAGUGUAAGACGGGGAGGGUGCUGAUCUUUCAGCAUCGGAGGGUGUUUCAUGCGGGCGCGGAUGUGGUGAAGGGGGUCAAGUAUAGUGUUAGGACGGAUAUUAUGUACCGGGAGGUUUUGGAUGAGCCGGAGGAAAAGGAGGUGGGGGAGGGAAAUGAGCAAGCUGAGAAGAAGGCAGACGAUGACAAGCCGCUGAAGGAGGAGGAUGAUGGAAAGUAGGGUUGGUCGUCUUUCGUAUUUCUUUAUACUCUUCUCCAGCUCGAGCAAUCAACCAUCAUUUCCCCCGAUGAACUCACUCCACCCCC